AUGAACUCACUCGUUAAGGGUAUUUCCAAAGUUAGAUCAACUAGAUCUUUUUCAACAGUAUCAAUGAGUCCUCUUGAACCAAACAAGAAACUCAACUACGAAGGUAUUGAUGCUAAAUUAAAACAAUUCAGACUCCAUCACAACAAACCACUCACCCUUGCUGAAAAGAUCAUUUAUGGUCAUUUAGAAGAUCCAUCAACUAAAGUUGAAAGAGGUAUCACUUAUCUUAAAUUACAUCCAGAUCGUGUUGCUAUGCAAGAUGCCACCGCACAAAUGGCUGUAUUACAAUUUAUGUCAGCUGGUUUACCAGAAACUGCAGUACCAACAACAAUUCAUUGUGAUCAUUUAAUUGAAGCAUAUAAAGGUGGUGAAAAAGAUUUAGAAGUUGCAAAAGAUAUCAAUAAAGAAGUUUACGAUUUCCUUUCAACCAGUGCUAAGAAAUUUGGUAUGGGUUUCUGGAAGCCAGGUUCAGGUAUUAUCCAUCAAAUCGUUUUAGAAAAUUAUGCAUUCCCAGGUGGUUUAAUGAUUGGUACUGAUAGUCAUACACCAAAUGCUGGUGGUUUAGGUAUGGUCGCAGUUGGUGUUGGUGGUGCUGAUGCCGUCGAUGUUAUGGCAGGUAUCCCAUGGGAAUUGAAAGCACCAAAGAUCAUUGGUGUCAAAUUAACUGGUUCACUCAAGGGUUGGUCAUCACCAAAGGAUGUCAUCCUUCGUGUUGCCGAUAUUCUCACUGUUAAAGGUGGUACAGGUGCCAUCGUCGAAUACUUUGGUUCAGGUGUUGAAUCUCUCUCUUGUACUGGUAUGGCCACCAUUUGUAAUAUGGGUGCUGAAAUCGGAGCUACCACCUCUUUAUUCCCAUUCAAUAAACGUAUGGUUGACUACUUAAAUUCAACUGGUCGUUCAAAUAUCGCAAAUGCUGCCAACUCAUUCAAACACAACUUGGUUGCCGAUCCAAAUGCUCACUACGAUCAAUUGAUUGAACUCAAUCUCGAUACACUCGAACCAUACAUCAAUGGUCCAUUCACCCCAGAUCUCGGUCAUCCACUCUCCAAAUUCGCUGAAUCAGUUAAAACCAAUAACUGGCCAGCCGAAUUAAAAGUUGGUCUCAUCGGUUCAUGUACCAACAGUUCAUAUGAAGAUAUGAGUCGUUCAGCAUCUGUCGCUCAACAAGCCCUCGAUAAAGGUAUCACUGCCAAAGCCAAAUUCACCAUUACCCCAGGUUCCGAACAAAUUAGAGCCACCAUUGAACGUGAUGGUCAAAUGAAAGUUUUAGAGAAAGUUGGUGGUGUUGUACUCGCCAACGCUUGUGGUCCAUGUAUUGGUCAAUGGAAGAGAGAAGAUGUUCCAAAGGGUGAAAAGAACUCUAUCAUCACCUCUUACAAUAGAAAUUUCACUGGUCGUAACGAUAGCAACGUCAAUACUCAUGCUUUCGUCGCCUCACCAGAGAUUGUCACUGCCCUCACUAUUGCUGGUGAUAUUACAUUCAAUCCAAUGACCGAUUUCCUCACUGAUAAAGAUGGUAACAAAUUCAAAUUAACCCCACCAACUGGUGAUGAACUCCCAUCACGUGGUUUUGAUGCCGGUGAAAACACUUACCAACCACCAUCACCAAAUGGUCAAAACAUUAACGUUAUCGUUGAUUCAGAAAGCAGCAGAUUACAAUUACUCCAACCAUUUGCCCCAUGGGAUAAGAAAGAUUUAGUCGAUAUGCAAGUUCUCAUCAAGGUUCAAGGUAAAUGUACCACCGAUCACAUCUCUAUGGCUGGUCCAUGGUUGAAAUACAGAGGUCAUUUGGAUAACAUUUCCAACAAUAUGUUAAUUGGUGCUAUCAACUCUGAAAACGGUAAAGCCAACGCUGUUCUCAAUCAAUUCACUGGUGAAAUCGGUCCAGUCCCAACCGUCGCUCGUGACUACAAGAAACGUGGUGUCAAUUGGAUCGUCGUUGGUGAUGAAAACUAUGGUGAAGGUUCAUCUCGUGAACAUGCUGCCCUCGAACCACGUCAUCUCGGUGGUAAAGCUAUCCUCGUUAAAUCAUUUGCUCGUAUCCACGAAACCAAUCUCAAGAAACAAGGUAUCUUACCAUUAACCUUUGCUAACCCAUCUGAUUACGAUAAAAUCUCUGGUGACGAUCGUAUUUCAAUCAUUGGUCUCAAAGAUCUUGCCCCAGGUAAACAACUCACUCUCAUUGUUAAAUCUGCUAAACAAGGUUCUGAAUUUGAAAUUAAAGCUAAUCACACCAUGAAUGCUGGUCAAAUCGAAUGGUUCAAAGCUGGUUCCGCUUUAAAUUAUAUUAAAUCAGAAAAAGCCAAAAAAAAUUAA